GACUGGAGUGUAGAAAUAAACAUAACAUGGAUGUGGACACGGCGAGUGACAAUACAUCCAUCGAUGACAAGAUAGACGAUUUUUGUGAAAAUCCAACGAGAGAUGCUUUGACGGAAGGUCUCAUGAGCCUUCUGAAGCCUACAGUCGAUCAGUUAGACGAACGAAUUCGUGCCACGAGGAUAUGCCAAAUAGAACUGAAGCAACGGAUCGAAUCUUUGUCGGAAGAUUUGCAGAUGAUCAACGAAGCCUUACAGUGCCCGUUGGAAAUAGAUUCUUACAUCAAGAAGCUGAUAAACGCCAAACGCAAAAUCACCAUUGUCGGUAAUAUCUUACAAAGUACACAAGACGUAUUGAAUAAGAUGCACCAAGGGGUGGAGAAAAAUACAGCAAAGAGGAAAGCUUUAUUGGAUCAUAGUUCUUUGUACAGCAAUACCUCCAAUAUUACCGAUAAAGAAGAACAAGUGGAAGUGGAGAAAGAAGCCGAUCCAGCCAAGGAUCCACAAGUAUAA